AUGCCUAUGUGUAACCGAUGGUUUAUUUUCACAGCAUUUGUGGCGAUCAUUGUGGCGAUUUUACUCAUUAUAGCGGCAUAUUCGUCAGCGCAGAGGAGGGCAACAAUUGUGAAACUACAGUUGGUCAUCAUCGCUGAAAGCCUCUUAUUUCUAGGAGCUAACUUUGUCUGGAAACAGUUAGUGGAUGUACUUGAUCCAACAAAAUCGAAAUCUAAUGGAUCGAUCUGUGAUUUUAUAUUCUUGUUGUGGCGUGCAGUUGUCUUUCUGUUUCUCGUAUUAGCUCAAUGCAGUAUAAUAUUAGGUGAAUUUAUUAUUGGAAACGAGCCGUAUUGGCUAGUCUUCUUGAGUUACGUCUGUUUAGGAACAUUUGUAAUUCUGAUAAGUGUGUUGAUGCCUGUGUUAACAAUCGAAUUCUGCAUAAAUGGAGUACUUGGAUCAGGGCGCCCGCUACGUCAAGUUAAUCAAUUCAUGAAAGUCACGGGAGUGAUAUUAAUAACUAUAUUGCUGACAUACAGUGGUGUAGAAACAGCAGCUGAAGGCCCUUGGCAGAAAGAAGUAGACAUCCAUGUUAACAAACUACCUCAGUCAAUGGAUGGUUUCAAGGUGGCCCAGUUAUCAGAUAUCCAUCUCGGCCCUACAGUGGGCCAAUCACAGUUGAGAAAAGCAGUAGAUAUAGCGAAUGAUUUUAACCCAGAUUUGGUGGUAAUCACUGGUGAUCUUGUUGAUUCGAACGUAGACAGCCUCAAAACCGUCAUCGAACCUAUCAAAUACCUGAAAUCUAAACAUGGGAUCUACUUUGUUACUGGUAACCAUGAAUACCAUACUGGUGAUGUGGAUAAUUGGUUUGUUCACUUAAAAUCACUGGGUAUCAGUCCGCUUCAUAAUGACAGGGUGGAAAUACACAACCAAGACAAUCCAGACGACUGGUUCUACCUGGCUGGCAUUGAUGAUAAAUUUGCAAAUGAUAUAAAGUACACUGGUCAUGGCAUGGAUUUAGAUAAAACGUUGGAAAAUACAGAUUAUAACCAUGCUAUCAUUCUACUGGCUCACCAACCAAAAGCAGCGUAUACAGCACUAGAAUCGCAGUAUGAUGUCAGUCUAGUUCUAUCAGGUCAUACCCAUGCUGGUCAUAUUUUACCUUUUAUGUUAGGAGUGUAUCUAAUGAAUCCAUACUUUGCUGGUUUGUACCAACACAGUGAUAAUAGCUACGUAUACGUUUCAUCAGGGACAUACUACUGGGGAAUGCCGAUGAGAUUGGCGUCAACACCGGAAGUGACGUAUAUAACAUUGAAAGCUGCGUAA